CCUAUAUUGACGAAGCUUCAAGAAAAUAAGAUUGAAAAGAUGUGAAGUUUAUGAAGAGGGCUUUAUAAAAUAAAGGAAAAGCAAUGUAUGGAUUUAUCAACACGUGUCUGAAGUCACUUGUGAUAGAAAAGUUUGGAGAAGACACUUGGGACAAACUCAGGAAUGAGGCAGGUGUUCAGGACACCUUCAUGACUUAUGAGGUGUACAAGGAUGACAUAACGAUGAAAUUAGUCUCUGAGGCCUGCAAACUACUUGAUGUGAAAGCAGACAUCGUGCUGAGACAAUUUGGGGAGUACUUCUUUGAGUUCUGUAAGAGGUCCGGAUAUGACCACAUGUUGCGGACCCUGGGAGGAAACCUUUUUGACUUCAUUGAGAAUUUGGAUGCUCUCCAUGGCUACCUGUCUCUCUCCUACAAGGAGAUGAAUGCACCCUCAUUUCGAGUGGAAAAGAACAAAGAUGGCUCUAUGCUUCUGCAUUACUACUCUGACCGUAGGGGUCUCUGCCACAUUGUCCCUGGUAUAAUUGGGGCAGUGGCGAGAGAUUUUUUUAACAGCACAAUAACAAUGGAGAUAGUGGACCACACGGAGGAGCUGGAGAGGACAGCUAAGAAGGAGCAUGUAGUCUUCCUCGUCACGCAGAGACUGGCACUGCCCGAGAGACGUGGUGUAGAUGAUGCCCCGAUGCCCACUACCCAACCCCCAGCCGAAACCCACCACCACCGCGGUGCCACGUACUUGGGGAAAGAGAAGAAGCAUCAGACUCUUUGCCCCUUCAGGAGGAACCACUGGGAGAUGGUCAGAGGUUUAGUACAUCUUGGAAAAGGGAAACUCCUGAGAGGUUUUGAGCCAGUGUAUCCUGACCAGCUCUUUAUUGACCUGAAGACGUUCUGCAGUGCCUUCCCUUUCCACAUAGUGUUUAAUGAGGAGCUGGAGGUGAGGCAGGCCGGUGUGACCAUCCAGAGGAUUGUCCCGGGCCUGCAGACCAUGGGCAUCCGACUGGACCACUACUUCUGCAUCGUCCACCCAGGGGUUCCCUUCACCAUCCCCAGCAUCUGCACGUUCAUCAACAGCCACUUUGUACUGCAGACGCGCAGGGACAUGAUGCCAGAGUGCUGGACGGACAGGCCCAUGCUGGAGCUUAGAGGUCAGAUGCUGUGGAUGCCCUCGCUGCAGUGCAUGCUGUACUUGGCCUCGCCGCUGCUCCGCAGCCUGCAAGAGCUGGAGGAGCGGAGCAUGCACCUGUCGGACAUCGCGCCGCACGACGCCACGCGCGACCUGAUCCUGCUCAACCAGCAGCGCCUGGCCGAGAUGGAGCUGUCCAGUCAGCUGGAGCGCAAGAAGGAGCAGCUGCGCCUCCUCUCGCAGCACCUGGAGGAGGAGCGCCGCAAGACGGAGGCGCUGCUCUACGCCAUGCUGCCCAAACACGUGGCCAACCAGCUCAAGGAGGGCAAGAGAGUGGAGGCAGGUGAAUUUAAAGAGUGCACCAUCCUCUUCAGUGAUGUGGUGACCUUCACCAACAUCUGCUCCGAGUGUGAGCCCAUUCAGAUUGUCAACAUGCUCAACUCCAUGUACCUCAAGUUUGACCGGCUCACCACAGUACACAACGUUUACAAGGUGGAGACGAUUGGAGAUGCUUACAUGGUGGUUGGCGGUGUCCCCAUCCCUGCCUCUACCCAUGCUGAGCAGGUGGCCAACUUCGCCCUGGGCAUGGUCAUAGCAGCUAAGUGUGUCACUAACCCAAUCACGGGACAGCCCAUCCAGAUUCGGGUGGGGCUACACAGCGGUCCGGUGCUGGCGGGAGUGGUGGGCGAGAAGAUGCCCCGUUACUGCCUGUUUGGGGACACCGUCAACACCGCCUCACGCAUGGAGAGCCACGGAUUGCCAGACAAAAUUCACCUGAGCCCCACAGUAUACCAUGUACUGAGCUAUAAGGGCUUUGAGAUGCUGGAGCGGGGGGAGAUCGAGAUCAAGGGGAAGGGGAGGAUGCGCACCUACUUCCUGGAGAGGAACCUAACUGCCACCGAGAGCCAGAUCAUGGGCCGCCGCCGCAGCCACAGAGUCACAGAGACCAACCCAGCCCUUCAGAGGCAGUGGAUUGACGACUGCCAGACAGCUGUGCCCAUGCAGUAUGGAGAGAGCCCUGAUGAGACGCAGACUCCUCAGAACAGGGAGGCUGCACCCAGAGAAAAGAGCCUCUCAGGUAAGACGCGGGACUCUGAGAGCUACGGCAGCCUGCACAGCGAGGGUCUCUCUGAGGACCAGAGCCCAGCACAGGCGGCGGAGGACAAGAUGACCCAGUCCCCCUCAGCACGGGUCGAGCCCACAGAGCCAGCCCGCUCAGCAACCCACCGGAACAAAGGCCCUCGGACUGCUUUCUGCACCCUGCUGUGA